GGGCGGGGCCCGCACGGCAAAAUGGCGCCCGGGGCGUGAGGGGAGGAGCGGGCGGGGCCUGAGCGUGAGGCGGGAAGAUGGCGCUAGGCCGCGUGGCCGCGGCGCUGAGGGCGGCGGGGACGGCGCUGAGAACGGCGGGGACCCCGCUGUGGGCACGGGACCACCCCCGGCUCUGCAGCUCCCAAGAAGCCCCCAAAGCCCCCGAGGAGCCCAAAGCCCCCAAAGAACCCCCGUCCCGGUACCUGGAGCGGCCCUGGGAGUACCUGGAGAGCGAAGAGUACCGGGUGACCUACGGGGACAGGCCCGUCUGGUUCGGCUACCGGCGCAACCACAAGGGAGCCAUCCCCCCCCAGCGCACCCGCAAGGCCUGCCUGCGCCGGGGGAAGCCGGUGGGGAACCCGUGUCCCAUCUGCCGGGACCGGAACCUGCUCGUCGACUUCCGGAACGUGAAGCUCCUGGAUCAGUUUAUUUGCCCCCACUCGGGGGUUGUUUUCCACCCCACACACACCGGGGUCUGCAUGAGGCAGCACAAGCUCCUGUCCAAGGCCAUCGCCCAGGCCCAGGACCACGGGCUGCUGUGGCUGCAGGUCCCCUACGUCCCUGCCCCCCGAGAGGACUUUUCCAACCGGCACCCGGCGGUGGGAAAGACGCCCCCGGCGCCGGCGCUGAGGGGCCCCGGCGGGUUCUGGUACAGCUGGUACGAGCGGCGGCCGCCGCCCCCCGCCGAGAUCGCGCGGAUGCGCCGCCUCUACCGCGGCUUCCUCAAGGGAGAGGAGGCUCCGCCGGCCGUCCCGGGGACACCCCCGGAAGCCCCUCAGAGCCCCGCCGGGGAGAAACGGGCAGAAUAAAGCGGUUAAAAACCCCUCAAA